GCUUGUCGCUCAAACAAGAUCACAAUGCAUCCACCAUUCACUUGUUGCUUUCCGAGGAAUGCCCCAUGAGUGUGGCCAAUAUGUCCGCCAAAAGGUUGCCGGUGAACGGCGCCUGCUUGGCCACUUCAGUCUCGCCACCACCACCACCAGCCCUCCUCUCUUGCCCGUCGUGUCGCGCCAUCUUGCCUUUGUCUUUCUCUCGUUCGGCCAGUGAGACACUCGCCGGAGGUCUCUCUCCUCUCACUUGGCUGUUGGGUGCUGGUUCCUCAGGCGCGUUGGCCAUCAUCUCGUCCAGGAGAUUCUCAAGCGGCGCUGGUGCUGGCGGCACGUCAUCAUCGGUUUUGGGGGGGACCACCUCGUCUGCCUCUGUCUCUGUCUCUGUCUCUGUGUCGGUCUCCUCCUUGUUGCCAUCAGCGGCUUCUGUGUCUCCUUGUUGUCUCUCUGUCUCUUCACCCUCUUGCUGCUGUUGUUGUUGUCGCUGUUGUUCUUUGGUGUCAGCCAGGGCCUCGGAGUGCAUGUGCUCGAGCUCGAUGGGCAUCAUGUUGGCGGCGUCAUCUUUCUCAUUUGUGCUGUCCUCCUCGCCAGAUGAUGCCGAUGCUUCAUCUCUUCCACUAGCCGAAGAAGCGGGUGGCAGCUCGUUGCCGCUUGGCUCGGCGGACACCUCAGUUUUCUUCUUGUCCACAGCCAGGAGGGAGGAGUGCUCAUUUGGGUCGGUCGGGGGCAGCGGAUGGGAGGGGUUUGCCGUCUUGUUGGCCUUGUGCUGGUACUGCUGUUGUUGUUGUUGUUGUUGCACGGCUGCCUCCUGCUGUUUCAGCACGUCGAUCGCCUCACGGAUCUGGCGCAGCAGGGCGGCCUGCUGCUCGUCUACACCCUCAUUCUCACUUCCCUCUCCCUUGUCGUCACUGUCAGCCGACGGCACGAACGCCUUCUUAAGAGCGUCCAUCAUGUCGCCCAUCUCAGUCUCAUGCUUGUCCUUCUGCCCCGCCACGUGCUCGGCGACGUCAGUGUCUUUCUUCUCGCUGUUCGUCUGCACCAGAGUGGCAGCCUUGGGCGGAAGACCCAGUGGGAAGAACGGUUUGGGAGGGAGGGGCAGCGAGCCAGUCAUAUUCAGUGGCGGCUUCUCAUCUUCUUCUCUGGUUGAGGGAGACAGGAUCGAUGCAAGAGGGCUGCCGAUGCUGCUCGUGGGUGGCUUGUCGGCACUCAGAGGUACUGGAUGUGGCGGGUGUGGCGGGGCCGGGGGAUGGUGCACCAGCGGCCCACCCAUAUGCACCUUUCGCGUCACGAUCGGCGGGUGAGGCGCAUCGGCCCGGUUGUCACCAUAGCUGGACCAGGACAUGGAUGUGGGGAAGCCGUCAAGUGCAGGCGGCCUGGGGGGCCGAUGCGGCGUCAGCGAUGCGCGAAGAGGGACGAAAUGGACCUGACCAGAGAAUGCGAUGGCGGGCGUGUGGCGCCUGAGGAUGACCGGAGGGAGGGGGCGGGGCACGGUCAAGGGCAUGGACAUCGGCAUCGGCUCGGGGAGGGGGCCGAAGGCCGAUCCCUCAACAGUAGUGAUGUUGUUCUGACAGACACAGACAUACACAGGACGCGUUUGCCCGUCCGAUUCUCGCUGGUGCCCUCACCCCAUUCAGUGUGACGGGUGGCGUCUUGAGGCUCAUCUCAUAGGACCGCUCGCGCCGCAACCGCACCGGUAUUCGCCUGAAGAAGCUGUCAGCCAUGCGGCUGAACAGACCACCCAACGCAUCAACCACUGCACAGAUGCACUCAGAAACAUGGUACAUGGCCAGCUUACACAUGUGUUUGUCAAGGUGUGCCCGUCCCUCGUACCUUUGGCGUUACUAUUGCCUCCCCCGCCCUCCAUCACGCCGUGGAACGUCACAUUAGCGCGAAAAACAGGGGGCGAAGGGGGAGACACCGGCAGGGGCAGAGGAAGGGGCAGGGGAGCCGCGCGCACGGUGACGUCCGACAGGGGCAGGGAAACCUGCCUCGCUCUCUUGCACAUGUAGAUGCACUAAACAUGAAACAGAAAAGCACACAUGCGUACAAUGACAUCAUUGUGGUGUGUUUGUCUCCAUGAUCUCCUUCCCGUAGAUACAUACGUGCAGUGCCAUGUGCAUGGUCUGGCGCGACAUGAAAUGGCAGUCGUGCAGAUUUGUGCCCAUCAGGUGCGUCGAGGAGGGCUCGGGAGGGCAGGGCAGGCCGACUUGCUGGGCGGCUCCGGUGGUGUCAUUCCGCCCCGUGGCGUAGUGCAGGAUGAGGCGCUGAUACUCGCGGGCGCUGCGGAGGCGAGAUCAGAUGUCGUUGCUGCGGUUUGUUGACUGCAGCGAGGGCGUGACGCAGAAAACGAAGACGAAGACGAAUGAGGAUGGGGAUAGCAUGGUGGGAUGCAGGGGGAUAGCAAGGACGCGCAAGGGGAUUCCACCGUGACCGCGGUGAGAC